AGAUCAGGCAGGCGGUUCUGUUAACACGUUGUGGACACUUUUGGCAUUUCUUCGCGAACGUAGCUCUGGCCACCAAAACCUGAUUUCACAGACACACAUUAGUUGUCUGAGGAUAGCGAAUUUCUGAAAUUCCCAGGCUACUAAAUGGCAGACAUCGAAGCCCCGCGUGCCGGCAAAGGCAACGAGAAGAGACGCAUCUUUCUCAACGCCUUUGACAUGUGCACAAUCGGUCACCUGUCGCCCGGCCAGUGGAAGAACCCCACCGACAAGUCCGCCACCAAACGCCGGCUCGAGUACUGGAUCGAGCUGGCCAAGCUGCUCGAGCGCGGCGGGAUAACGGCCCUCUUCCUCGCCGACACGUACGGCGGAUACGACACCUAUGCGCAGAGCCUGGACGACUGCAUCAGGCGCGCGGCGCAGUGGCCCAUCACUGACCCGUCAAUUCCCAUCUCAGCCAUGGCGGCAGUGACAAAACACCUCGGCUUCGCCAUCACAGCAUCGACCUCGUUCGAGCCGCCGUACUUGCUCGCCAAGCGCUUCUCCACUCUCGACCACUUCACUAGGGGGCGCAUCGGCUGGAACAUUGUCACGUCGUGGAAGAAAUCGGCCUUCAAGGCCAUCGGGCUGGACACACCCAUCGAGCACGACGAACGGUAUCGCCAGGCCGAUGAAUACCUCAGGGUCCUCUAUAAACUGUGGGAAGGGUCCUGGGCCGACGACGCGAUCGCGCCGGACCCAGCCAACGACAGCUACGCGGCCCCGGACAAGAUCCGCACGAUCCGGCACGCAGGCAAAUAUUUCUCGCUCGACACGAAACACAUCGUCGACCCGUCUCCGCAGCGCACGCCGUUCCUGUUCCAGGCGGGCACGUCAGCAGCCGGAUCCGAGUUCGCCGCGACGCACGCCGAAGCCGUCUUCGUAUCCGCACACUCGCCAGCCGUACUAGCGCCCAAGAUCGCGCGCAUCCGCUCCCUGGCGGCCGCCAAGGGCCGCGACCCGCGGUCCGUCAAAGUGUUCGCCACGUUCACGCCGGUGCUGGCGGUGACGGACGAGGCGGCGCGCGCCAAGUUUGUCGACCUGAAACGGUACGCGUCGACCAUCGGCGGGCUCGUGCUGUUCAGCGGGUGGACGGGCAUCGACAUCUCGCGCAUCCCGCUCGACCAGGAGAUCACGGCGGCCGACUCGACCGAGGCGCACAAGGUGCGCAGCAUCCUGGACUCGUUCACGACGACCAGCGAGAGCAUGCCCAAGUGGACGCCGCGCGCCGUGGCCGAGCACGCGGCCAUCGGCGGGCUGGGCCCUGUCGCCGUCGGCAGCCCGCAGACGGUCGCCGACGAGCUGGAGCGCUGGCAGCGCGAGGCCGACGUUGAUGGUUUUAAUAUCGCCUACGUCACCACGCCCGGCAGCUUCGAGGAUGUGGUGGAUCUGCUCGUCCCAGAGCUGCGCCGCCGCGGCCUGUACCCCGACCUGCCGGCCGACGACGACGACGACGAGGUUACUGUGAGGGAGCAGAUCUACGGCCGCGGCGCGCACGCGCUCAGGGAUGAUCAUCUGGGGAGCACUUACAAGUAUGACGUCUACAAGGAGGAUCCGCCCGGAGAAUCUGGUGGAGUAGCGUCACGAUGA